ACACAUGACCAUUUAAUGGAAUCAGACUUUUCUGGGUAUGUUCUUUGUAGAUUCACAUUUACAGGAGAAAAAUUUAAUAAUAAAUAAAAAAAGAUCAAUCCGAGGCAGACCCAGAUGAAAAAACCAUUUGUUAGGCAUUGGGCUGCCCUUGCUUUGUAUUCAACUAUCUCUAACUCUGUUCUUUACUUGUUCUUCAUUGUACACUCUACAAGUUUAAACAGUGAAAAGGUCAGUGGUUUGUAAUUUUCCAUCCUCAAAAUACUUUUAUUUGUUUUGUGCUUUUUUGUUUCUGAAGUAGAUGAAUUUUGGGGGGGUUAGAUGUGAAACCCAUGUCAACAGUCUCAGCUUGUUGGUCUCUAACUACUAGUCAAGGGUCUAUGGGCAAGAUAUUUUGUCUAAGGCUUAUUAGACCUAUUCACUCUAACUACAUUAGCAAAUUAUCAUAAUUUGAACUUUCUGAUUGAUGAAUUGGGUUGAGCUACUUUCUUCUUUGCUAAACACAUAUAUACACUACACACCACAUAUUUAGGGGCAUAUACAUUCUGACUUUGACUGUUGUCUUGAGCUAUAUUAAUACUGUUUUCAAAACAUUGAAAAUCUUCAAGGUUUUUUUCUUGAGAUUUUCCCCUCUCUAUUUUGAAAUUUUACAUCAUCUGUGUUUAGUUCAUGUAGAGUCUCUUGGAAUUAGGUCAUUGGAGAUUUACAUGUUACUGUUUCAGAAAAAUUCCCAUUGUUUUAGAAUCUGGUUCUAGAAAAAUGUUGCUAUUGAAUGUUUUUUCAAAGCCAAUGCACAAGACUCUCUAGGGCGGGAUUUGGAGAGCAAAAUCAUAUGCUGUUUGAUAAGUAAAUUUAGUCCCUUCUAAAGGGUUUUGCUCUAUUUUUUGAAAACAUUUGGAAGUAAAGGUGAUAGUUACAGAGAAUGUCUGAUGGUAGAAGGAAAAAACAGCAUUUGAGCAAAAUCCAUUCUAUUUCAUUUGGGAAACCAUCUUUCAAUGGUGAGCACUCACAGAUUGGAGGACCGGGCUUUUCGAGAGUAGUAUUUUGCAAUGACCCUGAAUGCCUUGAAGCCACUUCUCUCAAAUAUGAAACCAAUUAUGUCAGAACUACAAAGUUCACCUUUGCAACAUUUGUUCCUAAAGCUUUGUUCGAGCAAUUCAGGCGUGUCGCAAACGUGUAUUUCCUCAUCUGUGCGAUUCUGUCCUUCACGCCUUUCUCUCCUUACUCUGCAGUCAGUACUGUACUUCCUUUUGUUCUUGUGGUUGGAGUGACAAUGGGCAAAGAGCUCCUUGAAGACUGGAGGAGGAAAAUGCAGGAUAUCGAGGUGAACAAUCGAACUGUUAAAGUGCAUCAUGGUGAUGGCAUUUUUGAUCAUACUAAAUGGAUGAACUUGAGAGUAGGAGAUGUAGUGAAGGUGGAAAAGGAUGAAUUUUUUCCAGCAGAUAUUAUCUUGCUUUCAUCAAGUUAUGAUGAAGCACUUUGCUACGUUGAAACCACAAACCUCGAUGGAGAAACCAAUUUGAAACUAAAACAAGCACUAGAAGUAACUUCACCCUUAAAUGAGGACUCUAGGUUCCAAAAUUUCAAAGCUGUCAUUAGAUGUGAGGACCCAAAUGCAAAUUUGUAUUCAUUUGUUGGGAGCUUGGAAAUCGAAGAACAACAGUUCCCUCUUACAAUUCAGCAGCUUCUGCUAAGAGGCUCAAAGCUAAAGAACACAGAUUACAUAUAUGGAGUUGUUAUCUUUACAGGUCACGAUACGAAGGUUAUGCAAAAUUCGACAGCACCCCCAUCAAAGAGAAGCAGAAUUGAGAAAAGAACUGAUAAACUUGUCUACUUGUUGUUUUCUGUUUUAGUUCUGAUGUCUUUUAUUGGAUCAAUUUUCUUUGGAAUUGCAACGAGGGAGGACCUGCAGAAUGGCUUGAUGACAAGAUGGUACCUUAGACCCGAUGACACGACAAUUUACUAUGAUCCAAAACGAGCAGUGAUUGCAGCAAUUUUGCAAUUUUUGACUGCCCUAAUGUUGUAUAGUUACUUGAUCCCUAUUUCAUUAUAUGUUUCAAUUGAAAUUGUCAAAGUUCUUCAGACUGUUUUCAUCAACCAUGAUUUGCACAUGUACUACGAGGAAGGCGAUAAGCCAGCAAGCGCGCGUACGUCGAAUUUAAAUGAAGAACUUGGACAAGUUGACACAAUACUUUCUGAUAAGACCGGAACUUUGACUUGCAAUUCAAUGGAAUUUAUCAAGUGUUCAGUGGCGGGGACGGCUUAUGGACGUGGAGUUACAGAAGUUGAGAGGGCUUUGGCUCAGACAAAAGGAUCACCUUUAGCUCAGGAAGUGACAGAAGAAGGGGUCCCCGUUGAAGGCUUUCUUGAAUCAGAGCCAUCCGUUAAAGGGUUUAAUUUUGUGGAUGAAAGGAUUAUGAAUGGGAAUUGGGUUAAUGAGCCUCGAUCAGAUGUGAUCCAGAAGUUCUUCAGGUUAUUGGCUGUCUGCCAUACUGCUAUACCUGAAGUUGAUGAAGAAACGGGUAGAAUUUCAUACGAGGCCGAAUCACCAGACGAGGCAGCUUUUGUGAUUGCCGCAAGAGAACUUGGCUUUGAAUUUUUUGAGAGGUCUCAAACAAGCAUUUCACUGCAUGAGAUAGAUCCCAUAUCUGGAAGGAAGGUUGAAAGGUUGUAUAAACUUUUGAAUAUCUUGGAGUUCAGUAGCUCAAGAAAGCGGAUGUCUGUAAUCAUAAGAGAUUAUGAAGGAAAGCUACUUCUACUUUGUAAAGGCGCUGACAGCGUCAUAUUUGAAAGACUUGCAAAGAAUGGAGGGGAAUUUGAAGAGCAGACUAAGGAGCACAUUAAUGAGUAUGCUGAUGCUGGUUUGAGGACUUUGGUACUUGCGUAUCGUGAACUUGAUGAGGAUGAAUACAAUGAAUUCAACGAGGCAUAUACGGAAGCCAAGAAUUUAGUCAGUGCAGAUCGUGAAGAAAUAAUUGAGGCAGUUGCGGAGAAGAUUGAGAAAGAUCUGAUUCUUCUUGGUGCUACAGCUGUUGAAGACAAACUGCAACAUGGGGUUCCUGAAUGCAUUGACAAGCUUGCACAAGCUGGAAUAAAAAUAUGGGUUUUGACAGGAGAUAAGAUGGAGACUGCGAUUAAUAUUGGUUUUUCCUGUAGUUUACUUAGAGAAGGAAUGAAACAAAUAAUAGUAAACUCGGAGGCACCAGGGUUUAAAGCGCUGGAGAAAGCUGGGAAUGAGUCUGCCAUCCGUGAGGCAUCAAAAGCGAGUGUACUCAAUCAGAUAAUAGAGGGGAAGGAACUGCUUACUGCAUCAAGUGAAAGCUAUGAUGCAUUGGCUCUAAUUAUUGAUGGGAAGUCACUCACUUAUGCUCUGGACGAUGAUGUGAAGGACUUGUUUAUGGAUCUUGCCAUUGGCUGUGCAUCUGUUAUUUGCUGUCGUUCGUCACCAAAACAGAAAGCACUCGUUACAAGAUUGGUUAAAGUUAGAACUGGUAAGACAACACUAGCAGUUGGUGAUGGGGCAAAUGAUGUUGGAAUGCUUCAAGAAGCAGAUAUCGGAGUUGGUAUCAGUGGCUUUGAAGGAAUGCAGGCAGUCAUGUCAAGCGACAUUGCAAUUGCACAAUUCCGCUUUCUUGAGCGUUUAUUACUUGUGCAUGGACAUUGGUGUUACAGAAGGAUUUCGUCAAUGAUAUGCUACUUUUUCUACAAGAACAUUGCAUUUGGUUUCACUCUUUUCUUCUUCGAGGUAUAUGCAUCGUUCUCUGGCCAAGCUCCGUAUAACGAUUGGUAUCUUUCCUUUUAUAAUGUCUUCUUCACAUCACUUCCUGUGAUUGCCCUCGGAGUGUUUGAUCAGGACAUAUCUGCACAGUGCUGUCUCAAGUUCCCAGCUUUGUACCAAGAAGGCAUACAAAAUGUGCUAUUUAGCUGGUUGCGAAUCUUCAGUUGGGCGUUAAACGGUGUGUUCAGUGCCACGUGCAUCUUCUUUUUCUGCAUUUAUUCUAUCGAGGAUCAAGCUUUCCGUAAAGGCGGGGAAGUUGUCAGUCUAGAAAUCCUCGGCACAACCAUGUACACGUGUGUUGUAUUGGUUGUGAACUGCCAAAUGGCGCUCUCCAUCAAUUACUUCACAUACGUACAACACCUCUUCAUUUGGGGUAGCAUUGUCUUUUGGUACUUGUUCCUCUUGGGAUAUGGGGCUAUGUCUCCCACAAUAUCAACAACCGCCUUCAUGGUUUUCAUUGAAGCAUGUGCACCAUCCCCAUUGUUUUGGAUCGUGACGCACAUAAUCUUUCGUGCUUCAUAUCUCCCAACCUUCGCUUACUCAACCGUUCAAAUGCAGUUUUUCCCAAUGUAUCACCAGAUGAUCCAAUGGAUGUGCAUCAAUGGCCAAUCCGAAGACCCCGAAUACUGCUAUAUGGUCAGACAAAGAUCAUUGUCGCCCACGACUGUCGGUUAUACAGCACGUUUUGAAGCAAAAUCAAGUCUUUCAAAACACAGUUCCGAAGAGAGGAGAUCUUGACAAAAUUGUUGUUGUGAGAAAUAGAUGGUACUUUUUGACACAAUUGCAACGACAACAAUAGUUAAAAGUGACUUUUGUGUAGUCACAUGAGUCUUACAAUUGAUCAUUGUUGGGGAGUUAGUACAAGGAUGUUCUGUUUUGUGUGUAGUUGAGAAGGCAGAGGAAGCUCCAAAACUAGUAUUUUAAUGUUUUGGUAGCAUUGUAGUCUUUUAUUUUAUUUUUCUGAUAAAUAAAUAUUUUAUCAUUAAUUUUGUGAAAUUUCAUUGUGGUACAAAAAUAAAUUCCAGCAUAGUUUUGAA